GUAGGAACGAGAUCCAAAGACUCCAUCCAUUUUGUAUAUUGACUGGCGGGUAAAUGGAUUUGGAUCCUAAAGACAUAUUAACGUUUUGUGUCUAAAGCACAUGGAGCUUUGAAAUACAUGGUUGAGGAGCUGCAAAGCAGUGUAAGUACUUCUAUCAGCGUUUACUAUGCGUGCUAUUUUCACGAAGAUCGCACGAAUCGGAGCGUUUUCAAGGACAGACAAAAGUGUUUGUUUUCAAAAUAAAAAAUGUAAUUGAUGUUUAUAAAUAUUAUUUUGUAGUUUUGUUUUGCUCCUUUUUCAGGAAGUAUCAUUGCUUGAGUCAAGGGAAUGCUAAUGUAGGCCCAACCCGGGCGAACUGUGCAAAAUAUUGUUCCUCUAUUCAUAAUGACAUAAUGUGCAUUCAUUCAUUCAUUUAUUACUUUACCACAUGGGAAAGCAAUAAUGUGAGUAUAAGCAUGAAUAUUGACAUAAUAUUUACAUCAAUAAUUAAUAUCCCUUAAUUCAUAAUUGCAUUAUAACCGGUGAGAUAACCUGACAAAUAUAUAAGAUAUAUAUACAUGAGAUGUGAUGUAGGCCCUAGAAGGGGAUCCAAGAAGUAGGGCUUAUCAAGUGGGAUCCCCUUGAACUAAAAUAGCUACAUUUUAACGAUGACAAAAAACAAUAAUAACAUACAAAUUAUGCAGUGUUUACCCUUGCCGUCAAAAACGUUGAAUGAAAAAAAAAAUUUAUCGGCCCCCAGAGAUAAUUAGGCUUUAAUUGUUAUUUUCUGGUACUGCUGGUUUCGCUCGUCACUCCACGCCCAUACAGGGCGCCGAGAAGAGCUAAUCCGUUUCACACGGGGUCACGAUUUUGCACACGCAAAACAUUGCGAGAUGUAAGCACAGAUGCGAAAGCGGCUCAAAUGUGCCAUGAUAACGUCCUAAUAUAAUCCACAACUAAUUUCCGUAACAAUUAGCAAAAUGUAAUGACAAAAUGAUUUACCCAAGAAUGUUUACAAAGGAAGUAAUGACCUCGCGGGUCACAGGCCGUAAAAAGUUGGCCGAUGAGAGCUUAAAAGCGAUUGGCCCUAAGGUUAAGGGAAGGCCUCCCAGCGUCCUCUGUGGACGCUAGGCUGAGUUCAGGCGGUUUGGUUCUCGAACAGCUCAAUUUAAAUUUGUUGUUGGUGUGUCGGCCGGUCGAACGCCGGGAACCUACAACCAGUUACUAUACUGCUGGCUGUUUAAUGGCAAGCAACAUGCAACAUUAAUUGCGGCGUCCAUGUACAGUACGUUAUUCGAAAGUUGAUGCUUGGAUGGGCUAAAUUCUUUUCUAUUUAAACAGGAACAUUCAUUCCUCUGUUAUGAAAAAUAAUUAAUGUUAAUUUUAAACUCCCUUUGUUUGUGGCUUCGAAGCCAUCUCUCUACUGCUGAGAGGUAAGCUUUAAUGCCUGGUCUUGGAUAACAAAAUCCCUGGAUGCUCUACUUGCAGUUGUUGAAAAACAAAAAUUUCACGAGUUUUCGAGUGUGUUCCUGUAAAACCCUGGCAAGCAGGUGGUGUGAUUCUGUUCCGAGAACAGUGUUCUUGGAUAGUUUUCCCGCCGUUCGAGCGCGAGAACAAGAAACAGACAGACUGCCCGAAUUCGACGGCAAUGGGCGACGAGGGAAACUGCUGGUGAGUUUGUCUCAAAUACCAGCGGAGGGCGCUGUUGUCAUUGACAUUAUCAAUGUACAUGUACAUGCCCAAGUAUUAUGUAUGCAUGUAUGAUCUACUGAUAGUACAUGUGUAGUACUAUGGUGAAGUCCUUGCAUGACUGGUAAUGACCAGACGUCAGCUUCUUAGAAUUCCGUUUGUGCCUACUGCUGCAGUUUGAGAGUAUGCUGAGAGGUAAGCUUUAAUGCCUGGUCUUGGAUAACAAAAUCCCUGGAUGCUCUACUUGGAUGUUGUUGCGUUCUCGUGGCACUACCACUGACAGUAUCCGGUAUCCAUGGAAACUAUGGAUGGCUAUAAUAGCAACAUUGAAAACAUCAGAAAACAGGAAUUUCCUGGACUUUCAGAUAUAACUUACUUGGAUCAUGCAGGAGCAACCCUUUAUGCAAAAAGUCAGCUAGCUUCUGUGCAACAAGAUCUUAUGAGUCAUGUUUAUGGUAAUCCACACAGUCCAUGCGCUAGCAGUAAACUCAGCACAGACACCAUAGAACAAGUCCGCUACAGAAUAUUGCAACAUUUUAACACGUCUCCAGAAUUUCAUUCUGUCAUCUUCACCGCGGGAUGCACAGCAGCACUUAAACUCCUUGCUGACAAUUUUGACUGGGCUUGUCACAACCACCUAUCUCAGCUUGAAGAAACAACACCAAAGUCAAGUAGUAGCCAAAGUCCAGAAAAUCCAGAAGUCCAGUCUUGCUUGAAACAACUCGGCAAUGUCUCACAACUGUCAUACACAAGUGUACUCCCUGAAAAUCUCAACCAGUAUUCAUACCAAGUCAUCAGCAACUCAUCACAGGAUAAAGUGCAGUUGAUGUGCUCCCAGCAUGCAAUGCAAAAACACCUUUCCCAGAAUACAAUGCGAAAAGCAGGGCUUUUCUGCUACCUCUUGGACAAUCAUACAUCUGUCGUUGGGAUGCGGGAAAUUGCUAAAUCAAAAGGUGUAGAUGUGUUUUGCAUCACAUACCAAGAUAUCAAAGGCAACACUGACAUUCUGAUUAGAAUGUCUGGAAAGUGUUUUCAAGAACUUUGUAGUUCAUGUAAUCACCCAGAGAAUUGUUUUGUAGUCAAGGAAGGACCAAGGAAUUGUCUGUUUGCAUACCCUGCUCAGUCAAAUUUCUCUGGUGUCAAGUAUCCUCUUGAACUGGCCAGUGAAGUCAUAAGUAGUUCUGAUUUAAGCCCCUUAGACCACUGGGCUGUUGUUCUUGAUGCAGCAUCUCUUGUUAGCACAUCUCCUCUAGAUCUGUCAGAGUGUGAGGCAGAUUUCAUUGCCAUCUCCUUCUACAAGAUGUUUGGAUUUCCAACUGGCCUUGGGGCUCUGAUUGUGAGGAAUGAUUCUGCUCACUUUCUACACAAGAGUUACUUUGGAGGUGGCACUGUGCAGGCUUAUCUAGCACAACAUCAGUUUAGUGUCCCCAAAUCAAGUCUCACAGACCAUUAUGAAGAUGGGACCCUACCCUUCUUGGACAUCAUUGCCUUGAAGCAUGGUUUUGAUACCCUUGAAAGACUAGCAGGAAACAUGUGCUCCAUCUCUGACCACACCUUCACUCUUGCAAAAUAUGUCCACCACAAGAUGUCUUCUUAUCGCCAUGCCAAUGGCCAACCUGUUGCCAACCUGUUCUGUGACAAUGACUUUGAGAAUAAGGAGCAACAAGGACCAGUAGUUAACUUCCUGUUGCUGAGAUCUACUGGAGAGUUUAUUGGCUACACACAGAUUGAGAAGCUUGCAUCACUACAUGGUAUCCAUCUGCGUACAGGGUGUUUCUGCAAUACGGGAGCAUGCCAAAGACACCUUGACUUAACAGAUGAACAGGUGCUCAGCAAUUUCCAGACAGGGCAUGUUUGUGGUGAUGAGGUGGACAUUAUCUCUGGCCAACCAACUGGAUCAGUUCGCAUCUCAUUUGGCUACAUGUCCACUCUUGCUGAUGCUAAUAAGUUUCUUAGCUUUGUGGAAGAAUGCUUCAUGGAGAAAUCAAAUCAAACUGACUCAACCAAAGAAGUUAACAGUUAUGCAGUGAAAGAGCAGACAUCUGAUCAAGAUGUGAAUUCCAUCAAGGACCAGUUUCCUAGCAGCUCACAGAACGAUAACCCAAGUCAAACACAUGAUGUUAAGUCUGAGCUAGACGAGCUAAGAGAUAAUAGUCAGCAGUCUUGCAUCACUAGUCCUACUAGUAUCAGCCUACCUAGUAUGGUGGUAAAGAAGAUCAUACCAUCUGGCAAGAAAGUGUUGACCAAUAUCUUCCUGUAUCCAGUGAAAUCAUGUGGAGCAUUUGAGGUUAGUGAAUGGCAGAUAGGUUCAAAGGGAUUACUGUAUGACAGACAUUGGAUGGUGGUGAAUGAGAAUGGGGUGUGUCUUAGUCAAAAGAGGGAGGAGCGACUGUGCCUUAUUAAACCUGUUGUUGAUCUGAAUAACAGGUGCCUGUGGCUACAAUGUCAAGGACUGUCACCCAUCAGAGUGCCUGUUGAUGUCAGAUCUGAGAUAAGUAGCAAUCCAUCUUCCAAGAUACAUUGUCAGAGUAAAGUAUGCUUUGACAGAGUGCAGACAUUAGACUGUGGUGAUACAGUUGCUAACUGGUUGUCAGAUGCCUUAGGGAAGAAGUGUCGUCUCCUCCAACAGAAUCCAGAAUUUGAGCGAAACUGCAAACUUGUGAAAGAUGCUGCAAGUGUUACUAGAAGCCAUCUCUCCCUUGUCAAUGAAUCUCCAUUCACUCUGCUGUGUAGAUCCAGUGCUCAGUCUCUACGUAAAGCCAUUGGUGAAAGAUAUACCAACCAGCCAAUCAUAAACCCAUCUGAAAACAGAAGUGAUCCGUUUGAACCGAUCACUGCAGAGUUUCCAUUAAGUACAGAGAAAGGGAAGGGGCUCAAUCUACAUACAGAGGAGUUGAUUGGCCGGUUUCGUGGAAACCUGGUGAUUGAUGGAUGGGAGGCCUUUGAUGAGGAUGAAUGGAAGAAGAUACAAAUUGGAAGUCAUUUGUUUACAGUUGCAGGAGCUUGCGUUCGAUGUCAGAUGGUCUGUGUGGACCAGAAUACAGCAAAGAGAAGCACAGAACCAUUGCUGACACUGUCCUUCUUUAGAGGAAAAAAGGUUCCUUUUGGUAUUCACCUACUACAAGAUGAAGCAUCCUUUGAAGGAACUACUCUCCGAGUAGGGGAUGAUGUGUCUGUUAUCCAGGGACAGUAAACUUAAAUGUUAUUGGUAAACAAAUUAUCCACCAUUGGCCACAAAUAGCAAGAAUUGUUAGACUUGUUCUCAGCUAUUUCCGUAUGUCAUGUGACUAGAACUCGUCUUGGUUAUGUCUUAGGUACAUGUACUUCAGUUUUCAAGGUGUUGAAGUCUCAAAGUGAAGUUGUCAUUGAAUUUUUGGUGCCUUUGUUAUAACGGUUUGGGCU